UCUUACAGACGACGUCCACUGUCACAACCCAUAACAUAAUUGUACAAAAAAGUCGUGAUGUCAGAGUAGUGACCAUUGAAAGUGAAUUUUGUUCUGGUCGCUUUUCUUGUUUACAUGUGCGAGUAAUUGCUGAGAUAAUGGAAACUAACAUAUUUGCUAUCGUUGUUUUGUUCAUUUUGAGUGGAGUAUCUUGCUUUAUCAUCCCUGAUGAAAUUCCGUCAUUACUUUCGGUGAUCUACUCAAAUAUACCGAUCAUCAAAAAAGGAACCGACUCUAGGGUUGGUUGGGGCUUCCGACUAGGAGACAGAGCAGAUUUUCAAUUCUUGGUGGAGCUGGGGCCUCAAAAAUACACCCAACCGUUAGCAAAUGAACCCGACAAGGUUGUCAGUAACAAAAGGAAUACACUCAAUGACUUAGCCUCUCAGCUCUGGGCUCAAAGGCAAGAAGAUAAGAGAAAGGAGCUGGAGAAAGGAAAAAAAGAGGCAACCAAAACUGGUGAUGCCGGGUCUUGGCUCCAAAACUGGAGUUCAGAAGUACAGAAUAGGGAUCCUUUGGCUUCGGGACUUCCUCAAGUUCCAAAUCUGAAAGCCGCCAAACCGGGUCUUGCCAUCGGAGAAAUAGAUGCAAAAUCCGUCAUUCCUCCAGAUGAUGAGCUAAAUAAUAACAGGAGACAAUACUCCAGAAACCUUCCUGAAGCUUCCAACAUGCCAACGACCAGUGAAAAGAACCCAGUUACUACUACAACGAUAGUAGAAAAAUCAGAGAAUGACGUGAAAUGAUUCUCUUCAAAGUGAUGCAAGAAAUUUUAUUCUUGCUCAAAUGUUAUUUGCUCAGUGUUUGGUCCUAGUGGUUUUGUGAAUAUGUAUAUUGGAUUAUAUUAUUUAUUUUCUGUAA